GAGAGACACCAAAUUGGGGUUGCAUGUAUGAGAUUCACACACGCCGAAAAUACGAGACACCAAGGUUGCAGACACGGAGAGAGAGAGAGAGAGAGAGAGAGAGAGAGCCCCAUCUCGAUCGAUCAGACCCGACCCGACAGAGCUUGACCAUUAGCCGAAAUCCGAUGAAGCUAUCGACGGCCAUGUUCUCCUCCGUCAGGGCAGCCUCCCGUCCUCAGCCCGUCCCUUCUUCCUUCCCCUCUCCCUUCUGCAAGAACUUCACCUCCCCGAAGGGAUCGAAAUCGACUGUCAGCUUCCCACUGACGCGUCCCAUUUCAUCAAACGGGAAGCGGAGCCUCUCCGCCUCUUUGAGCUCUGACGCCGGCAGUGGAGUCCCUCAGUCAUCCUCUCAGGGGGCUGAAUCAUUUCUCAGGAGUGUCCUUCAGAGCAUGGAGACUGUGUAUCUCUACCGGAAUCCUACCGCUAGAGCCGUGCUGGAGCUUGUUCGGUCCGCCGGGGAAGAUCAGAUUUGCUAUGAUCAUCUCGCAUUCAGGACUUUCGGGGUGAAUGGUCAUGGAAUCGACUCAAUGGCGAGCUUUUUCCUGGACUACGGGUACACUCAACAGGAGGAAUUGCGAUUUCCAGCAAAGAAACUGAGGGCCCUGUGGUUCUCACCUCCUAAAUUCUCUCCUGGACGUGGGGGCAGUGGUGUACAUGGGCCCCUUCCAAGAGCCUUCAUAUCUGAACUUCUCGUCGAUCAGAUGAGUCCACAAACACAGGACAUAAUUAGGAAAUAUGUCAGGAUCUCCGGUAAUGGGAACAAACAUGCAGCUCUUGCAAGUGCGUUGGGAACGUUAACGUGGGAAAAGCCCUUGCAUUCUGAAUUUCAGCAAUUAGCAAGGGAAAGCGAAUAUGCUGCAUGGACCCUUGUGAAUGGGUAUGCACUGAACCAUGUGACCAUAUCUGUUCAUCGGCUGAAAUCAAACUUGAAAGGCAUCAAUAACCUAAACAAAUUUUUCGAAGAUAACGGCUUCAAAUUGAACUCAGAAGGAGGGGUUCUGAAAGUUAGCCCCGAUGGUCUUCUCCAGCAAAGCUCAACGGUUGCGGACUCAUUCCCUUUCCAAUUUUCAGAUGGUGUCAUUGAAAGAGUCCCAUGUUCGUACAUUGAGUUCGCUGAAAGACUUGUGCUGCCUCAGUUUAAGAAUCUACCGGAAAAUGAGGUUAAAGAGUUUCAUAGGAGGGAUGGCUUUGAGGUUGGGAAUGCCGACAAGAUUUUCGAGAGCACGUCGAAGGAGCAGUUAACUCGGAGAGCCGCUUAAGAACCGACUAGUAAAUAAAGAGAUGCCAAUAUUAAUUGGCUGUACAAAAUGUUGGCGCAUAGCCAUGGAUGUAUAUACGCUAGCUCUGACAUUAAAGAUCAAGUAGUGCUUGUGUUUAAGUCAAAUGAAAUGUUACGAAGAUGAUUACGUCCAA